CCGAAAGCGCUGCCUCUCUCUCAUCUGCACAUUUCGCGCGCUUCUAACCACGCCACGCCGAGAAUUUAUAUCCGCUGACGGCCGGCGCGCAGCUCCGCCGGCAUGCGCGCUGGUAACUAGAACCGCGCUCGGUUUGUCGACGACGCGUGGCGGCGAGAACGCAGCACCGGACAAGGUCGCAUCAUGGUUGGGUGCCGUAGCGGCGGCGAGCGGGCAACGGCCAGCAGGAAGGCGCGGCAAGGCGGUUAGUGCGAGGGGCGGUGGGCGCGGUUGACGAGGCGAUCCGCGCAUUCUUCUCCUUCUCCUCCUCCUCCUCAGUGCGGGGAAUUCUGCUCAGCACGGUUCCGAUCCGACUCGCACGGUGAAGGCGCCCGUGCCCGGCUUGGAAGCCGCUGCUGGCUGACCGCUAAGGCGCGCGCGGGCUCUCGCAACAGGUGUUGCUGGCGUGGUCCGUUUGGUGGUGGGCGCGGGCCCUCUCGUUCACCAUAAUUCACGAUGACCACCCCCAUGGGUGGUGCUGCUGCACCCACAACAGCGGCAGCGGCAGCGGCAGCAGCGGCAGGGGCAGCGGCGUGUGUGCGAAUGAUGGUGCUGGACAUGGUGGUUGAAGACGCUGACCGCGCCCGCACGCCCAACGAGGUUGUGCUCUAUGGUGUGGCCCAUGACGGUGCCUCCGUGUGCUGCCGCGUCCCUGACUUCCUCCCUUUCUUCUGGUUCCCAUACCCCUCCGUGCCACAACCGCAGCCAGCAUCCACCCAUGUCACAGGCACAGUCACAGAUAACCCACCUCCCGCAGCUGCUGAAACUCCCACAGAAACCGCCUCUUCUGCUGCUCAGGCUUUCAGCCCCGGUGGUGGCAGUUCUGCUGCUGCUGCUCCUGCUGCUGCUCCUGCUGCUCCUGCUGCUCCUAUCUCUGGCAAAGGCGGCAGCAGCAAUGCUGUGGGCGAAUUCAGGCACGGUGAUGCCAGUGGUCCAGCUGUUGCAGGGUUAGGGGGAGAGAGUGAGGAGGAGAGUGGCGAGAUCGAUGAUGCUCUUGGCGCUGAUGACGGAGAUGAGGAGGAGUAUGGUGGUGAGGGGGGCAGUGAUACCAGCGAAGGUGAUUAUGCUGCUGACGAAGCAGUGCAAGAGAGUGCGGAGGCUGGAGGGACGAGCGCAGUUGGCACAGACACAGGCACAGGCACAGGCACAGGCACAGGCACAGGCUUGGGUUUGGGUUCAGGCAGUGAGGCGUGCCAGGCACAGUUGUUGGUGGGGGCUGAGGGUUUGGGAGACAUAGAGCAGCAGGAGGGGCCAGGGGUGAGAGGAGGGGGAGGAGGGGAUGGAGGGAAGGGUGGCAAGGAGAGGGGAGAGGGCGGUGAGGGGGAGGGAUUGUGUGGUGACGAGGGAGAGCGUGUGAGGGAGGUGUGUGAGCGGGUGAAGCGAUGGGUGAAUGGAUACGUACUGAGCACAGCUGGCAGAGGAAGGAGCAAGGGUCAGAACCGAAUGAACGGUGAAUCGGUGGCGCACAUUGCCAUGGAGCACCGCACGCCCAUUGUCUACUACCGCCCUGACGGCCCCUCGUGCUAUCUUAAGGUGUUUGUGUACCAUGCACGUGCCAUGCCAGCUGUCGCAAAGGCAUUGGCGGAGGCUGCGGAGAAGGGCCUCAUGGCCUCUGAGGGCCAGCAGUGGCCACGUGGCAGUGCGCCAUUGGAGGACAACAUCAAGCUGCCCAUGCGUUUCCUCGCCGAGACUUCUCUAGCGGGCGGUGCAUGGUGUGUGCUGCACGCGCCUUGCAUGCUGCCGCGCUCCCUCUCUGCUGCAGCAGCAUCUGCCCGUUCAGCCCAUGCACCACCGCCUACCCUGACACCCAACGUGUCAGCAUGCCAUCUGCCUGCCAGCAACGCCACGCUGCCUAACAACCACUGCACACUGUGUGGUGCGGACAUGGCAGCCGCGGGCACCGCACAGCACCGCAUUACAACUAGCGGUACCACACGCGGCUCUGCACCCACUACUGCAGCACCACCUCCUCUCCUGGUCCCUUCGUCCCUGCGGCGUAUAUCCCGCUGUGUGCUUGAGUGCGUCUCCUCGUGGCGCUCCCUGCAGUCCCUCUCUCCUGACGUCCUCUCCACCCAUGGCAGCCCGGAUGCCACACAGGGAGUCGCAGGACCAACAGCACCAGCACCAGCACCAGCACCAGCACCAGCACCAGCACCAGCAGCAACAGCAGCAGCAGCGGCACCACCGGCAACAGCAGCAACGGCGGCACCCGAAGCAGAAGCAGCACCAGCACCAGCACCAGCAGCAACAGCAGCAGCAACAGCAGUAGAAGCAGCAACACCACCAGCACUGGCAGGACCCGCAGUACCAGCUGUACCAGAAGCAGCAGCACCAGCAGCAGUUACCCAAGGAAGUAAGCACAGUGUCGGCGUCAGCAGCAUAGGUCCUAGUCCUGGAACAGAACCCAGGAUGGAAUCAUCUGAAUCACGCUACAAUAAUGCAGAGUCCGAGCCUGAGCCCGCAGGCAGGAAGGCAAAGCCUGGCAUGGAAGCCGGGGUAGAGGCAGAGGUAGGGGAGGGAGGUGCCGUGAGUGAGCCGAGUGAGGAGGGGCAGGAGGACCAGGAAAAGACAGCCACGGCGCGUGGCUUGUUUGGCACGAUGGCAGAGGGCAGCAGACCAGGCGAGGCAUGCAGAAAGGCAGAGGACGCCGUUCCGGUGGCAGAGGGUGGCAGCAUUAUCAAGGGGUCGCAGCUAGGGGUGCGAGCUGCAGGUGGUGACGCAUGGUGGAGGAGGCGCGACGGUGGAGCGAGCGGGGGAGGGAGAGAAGCAGAGAGGGUGGAACGACCAGUGCAUUGGUGGUUUGGGCAGCGACAAGGGGAGGGGAAGGAACAGAAUGGAAGCAGCGGUGACACCAAUCAUGUCCGCUCCGACCCUCCUUCACACGCCGCCCCUCCUUCUGCCUCCAUGCACCACUCGCCUGCCUCUGUGCACCCGUCCCCCUCCUCCUCCUCCCAAUCCGCCCUGGCCUCCACUAAUCCCGCCCAUUCCCCUCUCCCCCAUUCCCACCGCCUAUCUUCCCCUGCGAACUCUCUUCUUCCGCCUCCCCAUCGCUCCCCUCCCCCAUCCGCUCCUCCCCCUGCUCCGCCCCCUGGUGACAUGGAAUCUCUGGGCCUCAUGCUGGGGGGAGGUACCACUCUGGCUAGCCGGGAUCCUGUCCUCGCUAUAGUGCACAUUGUUAGUGGCACAAGGCAUGUAGGAGGAGGAGGAGCAAGAGGAGCAGCAGAUGGUGUGGAAGGAGGGGCGGAAGGGGGUGGAAUAGAGAAGAGAGGAGGGGGAAGUGGAGGGGAGAGAAAAGAAGGGGAGAGUAGAGAAGGGAAUUCAGGGCAGAUGAAUGGCAGGAGAUCAGGAACAGAGCAUCGAGUGAUCAUUUUCACUCACUCCACUGCUGCUGGUGGCUCUGCUGCUGCUGCUGCUGCUACUGGCACGGAGCCUGACUGGUGCAGGGAGGGGCACAAGGGCGUGGGGUAUAUGACGAGUGAGAUGUACGGCUGGGGACUGCUCAGGGAGCAGCAGAGAGAGCAGACGAACGUGGUGGUCGUCUUCCAGGCUCGUGACAGCUGGCAAGCCUUAAAGAAGCGAUGGGCAGCGCUGGGAAUGGGAGAGCUGGACGUGGGGAGGAGAGGGGCGGCGGAGGAGGGGGAGGAUGGGGAGAAGGAGGGGGAGGAGGGAGAGGGGGAGGAGGGAAGGCGAGCAGCACGGGCAUGCGCAGAUGGAGCAGGCAGGCAAGAAGGAGAGAGCGCAGAGAGAACAUGGGCACAGGCAAACAACGGCAGAGGGAGAGGAGCGGGCGAGAAGAAAGCUGGCAGGGGCACGGCAGGGAGGGGCGUGGUGGUGAAGGGCGUGGUGACGUACGGGAAGCAGUGGGUGCGGCAGCAGCUGCGCAUGUCCGCCACGUCCAACCAGGAGACAUUCCAGGUGCUGGUGGAGGGGCGGUGCGUGCUGGACCUGCUGCGCUCCAUCCUCACGUCGCAGACGCUAUCCACCUUCUCCCUGCACGAGUGCUGCCAGGUGUUUCUGAACCGGCCACUGGAGCUGCUGUCGCCCGCCUCUAUCGCUGCCAUGUGGCAGGGCCUCAUUGGAGGGCGGCCACGGCUGCUUCGAUACGCUGCUGAGCACGCCAAGGUGGUGCACUUGCUGCUCCAGUCUCAACAAACCAUCACCGAGACAGUCGAGAUGGCGCGAGUCACCGGCCUGCUCCUCUCAGACGUGCUCUACCGCGCCCAGAUGGCGCGAGUACACAGCCUGCUGCUCCGCACUGCCGGCCCCCACGGCUGGCUGUUAGGCGGCGCUGACCCCUCUGGCCAGCUCACGCAGUCCCCCUUCCUGCUGCACCCCAAGGACGCGCGCACGGCCGGUCUGUACCGCUCUGAACCGGUGGCAGUGCUGGACUUUGCGUCGCUGUACCCGUCGCUGUUCGUGGCGUACAACCUGUGCUGCUCGUCCCUGUUGCACCCGGAGGACCGCCACCGCGUGCCGCAGGAGCACGUGUUUGUUAGCCCCACAGGAGCGGCGUUCACCCGUGCGUCCCUCCACCGUGGCGUGCUCCCGCGCAUCUGCGCUGCGCUCAUCGCGGCGCGCAAGGACACGCAGCGCCGCCUCGCACGCCAUGCUCACAGCGCAGCCAUGGCAACGGCCACGACGGUGCUGCUGGGUGCGCAGGAGCGUGCGGCGUUGGACGGGCGGCAGCGCGCGCUGAAGCUGUGCGCGAAUGCGCUGUACGGGUUCACGGGGUCGAAUGCCUCGCCGCUGCGCACCGUGGCCGUAGCUGACUCGUGCCUGGGCCUGGGAGCAGCUGCGUGCAUGCACGCCAAGGAAGCAGCCACACAGAUCUUCCCCGGGGCGUGCCGGGUGAUAUACGGCCAGACGGACAGCAUCUUCGUGCUCUUUCCUCAGCGCACCCUGGCAGAGGCAGCAGAUAUGGGCGCUGAGCUGGCGUUGCGCCUCUCGGAGCUCUUCCCCGCGCCGAUAGCCAUGAAGCUGGAGAGGGUGCUCUGCCCCUUCAUGCUGCUGCAGGUCAAUCGCUAUGCAGGAAGACAAGUCUAUCCUUUGCCCUCACCCCCAUCACCCCCACCACCCCCACCACCUCCACCACCUACUGCAUCCCAUCAGCCCAAAGGCAGCACCGCACCACCACCAGCGGCAGUACCAGUACCAGUACCAGUACCAGCAGCAGCAGCACCACCAGCAUCUAGACCAGCAGAAGCGCCAGGCUCUGCGCCGCUGCUGCUCGUGAAGGGCAUUGAGACAGACCGCAGAGACGUGCCGCUGUUUGUGCGCGCCACGUGUCGCGAUGUGAUUCGCCGCAUCCUGGCGGAUGGUGACGUGGCGGGCGCUGCAAGGGAGGCGAGGGCGGCUGUGGUUCGGUUGAUGACAGGCGGAUGUAGCAUGUUCGAACUCGUCAUGACUGGGGGCCUAUGGCGUGUGAACGACAACGACCUCUCAGCCAUCGCAAAGUCAGCCACGGCUUCAGCCGCUGCUGCAGAUGCGGCCAAGAGAGGAAUGGACUCCCCUCAGCAAAGAUCGGAAGCAGCAGCAGGGGGGCCCGCUGGUAGGGAGGGGGGCGGACCGGCAACGGCUGAGGAGGGGCGGGGCCCACAUGUGGCUCUGGCGGCUCGACUGAAGGCGCGUGAUCCUGACCGUCGGUUUCUGAUAGGGGAGCGGAUCCCUUUUGUUCUCCUUGACAAUGGUGCACGGCUGCAGGACGACAUGGCGGAGGAGCCUUUGCUUGCGCUGCUGUCCCAGUCGCCCCCCAACGCCACUGUGUACGCACACAACAAGCUGCAGAAGCCACUCUUCUCCAUCUUUGAGCAUCUCCUGCCCCCGUCAGAGUUGGCUGCCAUCUUUGCACCGGUCCCCUCGGCCCUCCGCCCUGCCGUCUUCCCUGCCUUCCCCAGCCCCUCACUCUCCGCUCCUCCGCCAUUCACCUCACCUCACGCCAGCCCUGCAUCAGGGAGGCCGCAGCAGUUGUCUGUAACCGUCUUUUUCAAGAAGCAGCCAACAUGUCUGACGUGCAGGGCUCCAUUGCAGCUCAACUCGGCACAGUCUUUCUGUGCGGCAUGCCAAGGGGCUUCUAGGAGCCUCGCGUUCACCCUUGCACUGCAGCACGUCCAGGCAUCACUUGAAGCACAAAGGCAGCAAGCAUUGCAGGUGUGCACCCGCUGCCAUUCCGGUGGGGAACUGGCUACGGUAGCUUGCAUCAAUACUGAAUGCAAGAACUUGUUUGAUCGUUGGGAAUCCCACUAUAGGGUGGGAACGGCGACAAACAUGGUUCAGCUCGCUUUGGAUGCAUUGGGUUCCUAGUCAUUCUAAUGUAGUUUCAUGGGCGUAGCUGGUGACUCAACCGAAGGUUCCCUUACCCCAAUGAAUCUAGUUCGAGAGAAGAAGAGAAACAUGUUGAAGUUUUGCUUGCAGUCAUAUUUACAGUCCU